AUGGUAUCAGGGCGAGAUGUCAAACACCCAGUACGCCAUGGAGGCAUAGCUGCCAACGCUGGUCCCACGAUUCCCAGCCUGGGCUACACUUCUACCGGGAACCUGACAUCCGAACAUCUCCUCGAACUUCACGUGGCUGCCGUGGUUGUCGGUUUCACGAGUCUUCUGGCGACACUUGUUGCAGUGGUGUUCUUUAUACAGAUGCGCCGUAAUUUUCGUCACGAAUGCUCGAAGCUGACGUAUUCUGACAGCCUCAUUCUUUUGUUAAUACUAAGCGACAUGCUGGCGACGCUCUGGCUUGUACUCCUCCCUGCUAUCGAGCUCGCGCGUGGCCGAAUACCUUCCAACUCAACCAUUUGUCAAAUCAGUGGAUUCUUCCUGUCCGUCGGAAUCGAAGCAUGCGACUUGACGGUGCUCCUCAUCGCCGUCCACACCGCCUUGUAUAUCUUCAGAGGACGAAGCGGACUAUAUCCGUACCGGUUUCCGGCUUACACCCUAGUUGCGACAGGGUCCUUGAUGCUUACAUCCCUAGCAUUCAUCAACAAUCCGGGUUUCGUCAAUUCUGGUGCGUAUUGCUAUUUUCCCGCGAGGCCAACUUGGACGCUGAGGUUCCUGAGCUGGGUACCACGAUAUGUGGUUUGGGCGGUGAUGGUGUUUAUAUACACCUGUAUUUACAUUUAUGUGAGGUGGACCAUGAUCAAAGUCGACGAACCAAACAAACGGAGGAAAGUUGAUGAACCGUUUUUCAGCCGACUACAGCAACUACCGAGACGAGGCUCGGUACCCUCUACGCCCCCAAUAGCGUAUCACGGACUCAUUCCUCCAACACCACCAUGCGACAACAAGCAACCGGACUAUGGUUGGAACAGAGGAGCAAGAUACGGUCAACAUGGAAAGUCGAGAAAAGGCUCCCUCAUUGGAAGCGGGGGUGGACAGUCACUGCCGAAGCCAGCUGUGUCGGCGACCUCACAAACUGACUGUGAGGAACGGACUCUUAUUGUGACCAAAGAUCCAUUCAAAGACUAUCCCCCAAGUGUUCACCAUCGGAAUGGCUCGAAAGAAGAAGCCACGGCGCUCUCACCAGCGAACUACCCUGCCCCGGCACAGCACACUAUUGGCUGUUCGUGCAUGGUUUGCAUAGGGGCUGACAAGCCUCACGUCCCGCCUCCGCUGAAUAUAGAAUUACGACUGCAGGGCGGUAGCGGCGAGGCUGAGUUGCUGCCCAGUUUGGUUCUAUCACCCACUACGCUGAGUGAAACGGGCAUGCCGAGUUCACGGCACAAGAUUCGUCGCCAGCUGAGAAGAAAAUUCAUCUAUCCGGUGAUUUAUAUUCUGGGAUGGAUGGUUCCGUUAGCCGCCCAUGUAUCUCAGGCUGAUAGGACCGGACGCCCCUUCCCGCUGGUCCUGGCUGGGCUUAUGAGCAUCUGCAUUCAAGGCCUGGUGGCCUCGGUUGUAUUUUUGAUGCUGGAAAAGCCGUGGCGUCAUCGCAAGCGCCCCGGCUGCUUCAUGUCUCCGCGCAAGUGCUCCACGAUGAAGAAUAGUUCGGCAAGAGUUGGCCGGACGAGAGAAGAGAUGCAUGUGGAGGGCAGACUGGCAAAGACAAGAAGAGACCGGGAGGAGGAAGAUCAACGACGUCAACCACAACGGUCAGAGACGCAUAAGCGCGAGUGGUGGGAUGCUACACUUGCUGGAAUAGACGAGUCGGGAGACGAAUAUCUAUAG